CUUUAAAAAAGAAGCUUCAUACUUGUUGCUUUGAUCCAUACUUGACCGUUCUAAUGUCAGAAGACAUUGAAAACGUAAUGGUUAAACUACUCGAGAAGUGGCUCAAGUCCAAAACACCUCUUUCCUUUGUUCACAUUCAGAAAAGACAGAAAGAAACAAUUGCACAUGUGCAUUUUUCUACCCGUGAAGAAGCAGGUGCUUUUUACUAUAAUAUGCUUGGUAAAAAGUUUGAAGAACCGGGUGAUUACAAUGUUAAAUUUACUGGAGCUUCGUAUUAUAAGUUCUCUAAUAAAGGCCCCAUCACUUAUCUUCGUCCAGAAGAAACCACCCAAAAACAAUUAUUAUUAGUGAUUGAACGUAUUUCAAAAUUAGAAAAACAUGU